CCAAAAUGACCCUGAAGAAGUACUUGGUGAAGGCCCUGCAUCGCCUCCAGAAGGGCCCCGGCUACACCUACCGGGAGCUGCUGGUCUGGUACUGCAACAACACCAACACCCAUGGCCCGAAGCGCAUCAUCCGUGAAGGCCCCAAGAAGAAGUUCGUCUGGUUCAUCCUGACGUUGCUCUUCGCCUCGCUGGUGGUCUGGCAAUGGGGCAUCCUCAUCAACGCCUACCUCUCCUACAACGUCACCGCCUCCUUGGCCAUCGGCUUCAAGAGCAUGACCUUCCCGGCCGUCACCAUCUGCAGCGCCAGCCCUUUCAAAUAUUCCAAGGUGAAGAACCGCCUGAAGGACUUGGACAACCUCGUCCAAGCGGCCCUGGAGCGCCUGCUGCCGUCCGAGCCGCAGAACGGGACUGCGGGCCCCCCGGCCAAUGCCAGCCGGAAGCUGAACAUGGAGCUGUGGGGGCAAAUUCCCUUGGUGGUGAUCGCAGAGAGCCAGGGAGCGGAUCCAGUCGUCAUUGACCUUCUGGGGAACAGCUCUGGAGGGCUGCCCGCCGGCGCCUCCUCUGAUGCCCCCUUGGAAGCACCCAAGUACAAGCUGGCUGUAAAACUGUGCCGCCGGAACGGCACCGAGUGUGAAUACCGGAACUUCACCAGCGCUGCUCAGGCGGUGACCGAGUGGUACGUCCUGCAGUCCACAAGCAUCUUGUCCCAGAUGUCCAUGAACGAAAAGAUCAGGGCAGGCUACCAGUCCAAGGACAUGAUCCUGGCUUGUCUGUACGGGGCACGGCCCUGCAACGUCAGAAACUUCACCCACCUCUACCACCCAGACCACGGCAACUGUUACAUCUUCAACUGGGGCAUGGAGGAGAAGCUGCUCAUCUCCUCAAAUCCUGGGGCAGAGUUUGGCUUGAAGCUCAUCCUGGACAUCAACCAGACGGACUUCCUCCCCUUCCUCACCUCGACCGCCGGGGCCCGGCUGAUGCUGCAUGAACAGAAGAGCUUCCCCUUCCUCAAAGACGAGGGCAUCUUCGCCAUGGCCGGGACCGAGACCUCCAUCGGGGUGAUGGUGGAUGAACUGCAGCGGAUGGGGAAUCCCUACAACGACUGCACCAGGAACGGGUCCGACAUACAUGUGAAGAACCUCUAUGAGAACUACCUGGCACUGCAGAUGGAACUGAAGAACUGUGCCAACUGCACGCUGGAGGAAGCCACUCAGAGGAGCACUGCAAACAGCCAGCGGAGAACUACGUAUUCCAUCCAGGCCUGCCUUCGCUCCUGCUUCCAGCGGCAGAUGGUGGACACGUGCCAGUGCGGCCACUCCGCCUUCCCUCUGCCCGAAGGAGCCGAGUAUUGCAACAACAAAGACUAUCCGGAUUGGGCCUAUUGCUAUUCCUCCCUGCGAGGGAGUUUGAGCCACCGGCAGUUUUGCAUCGAGUCUUGCAAGGAGACCUGCAACAACACCCAGUACAAGAUGACCAUUUCCAUGGCUGACUGGCCGUCCGAAGCUUCUGAGGACUGGAUUUUCCGCAUUUUGUCCUAUGAAAGGGAUCGGUCGGAAACCAUAACUCUGAACAGAAGCGGCAUCAUCAAGCUGAACAUCUAUUUCCAAGAGUACAACUACCGAACCAUCUCUGAGGCAGCCGCCACAACGAUCGUGUGGCUCCUCUCGAGCCUGGGGGGCCAGUUUGGCUUCUGGAUGGGGGGCUCUGUCCUAUGCCUCAUUGAGUUUGGGGAGAUCAUCAUUGACUUCCUGUGGAUCACCAUCUUGAAGCUGAUUGGCUGGUGCAGAGGGCUGAAGCAGAGGAAGGGCGAGGCCCCGGCAGCUGAUGCCGUCCCCACCGUGGCACGGAGGGUGGAGGCUCACUCCAACCUGGCAUUCCAGGAAGAGGAGGCGGCAGAGAACCUGGAGGCCGAAGGCACGUGUGAACCGGGCACCCCCCCGCCCAACUACGACUCCCUCCGCGUUUCCUCUGUGGACAUGGGCGACCUGGAGAGCGAUGGGGAGGGGUCCUUAUCCGACCAGAAGAUAAUUUAA